GCAGAAGCGCCGGCAGAUGGUGAGGGCGGCUGGGCGCGCUCGGAGCUCCUGUCUUGUGUGUGUGUGUGUGGGGAGGGGGGGGCGCCCAGGAAGGGAUGCGCGGCAGCCCGGACGGCAUCGCCCAACGCUCGCUCGGCCGCGCGGCUGCUUGCUACCUUUAGGGUGGAGGGGUGGAGGGAAAAGGAGAACAGCGGCGGGUGAAGCAGAAGGCACAGCAAGCCGGCCCGUUCGGCUCUUUCCGUCGCUGACCCCGGAGCCCGGCGCGGCUCCCGUCCGGCUUCCUUGACGCAGGAGCUCGAGGUCCUCCUGCUCGCUCGCCCGCCGCCUUCCAGCUCCAUGAGCCGCCAGCUGGAACCCCGCAGCCCCGCCGCGCUUCUGCACUCGCCGGCGGCCGCUCCCCGCUGCCGGAGCGCCCCUGCCAAGCGCCUGCUUUUGCACGACGCCGCCGCUGUCGCCGGCGAGGAAGCUCCGGCCGCCGCCAAGUGCGCCCGCCUGGCCGUCGAUUACACCAGCGCCGUCCCGCAGGAUUGCCUUAGCGCGCCGGGGUCGCCUUGCGCGCCGGUCCCGCCGGUCCGGACCGGCGAGGCUUCGCUUCCCAGCGCCCAGGGUCCCAGCUUGGUGGCCGGCUACCUUUUGUUGCCCUUGCUCGACCGGGAGCACGUUUCGAGGGCGCUCGACAUCAACACCGGCCGGGAGCUGCGUUGCAAGGUCUUCCCCCUCAAACACUACCAGGACAAAAUCAGGCCUUACAUCCAGUUACCGUCGCACCGAAACAUCACCAGGAUUGUGGAGGUCAUCCUCGGAGACACAAAGGCGUAUGUCUUUUUCGACAAGGACUUUGGUGACAUGCAUUCCUACGUUAGGAGCUGCAAGCGUCUGCCAGAGCAGGAAGCCGCCAGACUCUUCAAACAGAUUGUCUCUGCGGUUGCUCAUUGCCACCAGUCCGCCAUCGUGCUGGGGGACCUCAAACUCAGGAAAUUUGUGUUUUCUAAUGAAGAAAGGAUGCAGCUGAGACUUGAAAGCCUGGAAGAUACCCACAUCAUGAAAGGAGAGGACGACGCGUUGUCAGACAAACACGGCUGCCCGGCGUAUGUCAGUCCAGAAAUCUUAAACACGACAGGAACCUAUUCCGGGAAGUCGGCUGACGUUUGGAGCUUAGGAGUUAUGCUGUACACUCUCCUAGUGGGACGGUAUCCCUUUCAUGACUCGGAUCCUACCGCCCUCUUUUCCAAAAUCCGGCGUGGACAGUUCUGCAUCCCGGACCAUGUUUCUCCCAAAGCGCGGUGUCUCAUCCGCAGCCUCCUUAGGCGAGAACCCUCGGAAAGACUCACCGCUCCGGAAAUUUUGCUCCAUCCUUGGUUCGAUGCCGUUUUGGAAUCUGGGUACGCCGACCAGGAUGUACGUAUCUCUGAUCAAGUGGUCCCGCAGCAGCUGAAGGAGGACGAUGAUAUGAGCUUCUUCUUUUGCUAGCUCCACCUACUCAACUUUGCCUCGGGGGAACGAGAGACGUUGCUCUUGCGUUUCAGCGUUUUUGUGUCCGUCGUCGUGUCGGUGCACGUGUGUGUGUGUGUGUGUGUGUGUGUGUGUGUGUGUCCAUCUUGUAAAUGCAUCGCUUUCCGAACGCCUUCCACUGCUCAGGACAGUUGAGACCUCAAAUGCACUUAUCCCACAAGGUGGAAGGCCUUUUUAUCUUCUUCCACAUCCACGAAAGUUUGAAAUCUUGGCUUGCUAAGUCUACGGAUUCUCCCUUGGUCUCUGAGGGGUGGGGGGUGGGAGCGGGGACUGCCAUCCAUCCGGCGCAAGCAUGCUGAACUUUUGAACUUAGAAUCUGGAGAAAACGGCAAGCUAAUGUUGGAUUUCAUUGGAAAAAUCAGAUUGCUUCAGCUGGAAUUUGCAAUAUGGCUAGUCCUUGACUUACAGCCAUCCAUUUAGCGACCGUUUAUAAAGUUACAACAGCACUGGGGGGAAAAAGCGACUUAUGACCAGUUGUCCCACUUAACAACCAUGGCAGCAUUUCCCCAUGAUCACGUGAUCAAAAUUUGGGCGCUUGACAACCGGCAUGGGGGUGGGGUGAGGGGAAGGUGGAUUGGCUUAACAACUGCUUAAAUCGCUUAACAACUGCAGUGAUUCAUUUAACGAGCAGGUUGUAAAAUGGGGCGUGAGUCACUUAAACCAGGGGGUCUCCAACUUUGGCAACUUUAAGACUUAUGGACUUCAACUCCCAGAGUUGUAGUCCACAAGUCUUAAAGCUGCUAAGGUUGGAGACCCCUGACUUAAACAACCGCCUUGCUUAGUUAGCAGUGGGAAUUUUGGGUCUCGGUUGUGGUUUUAAGUUGAGGACUUCCUGUAUAUGCAUUGCAGCCUCUUGUUGCUUUCCUUCUUUUCUUCCGCUUCACAGAAAAGAGCUUUUGAGCUCCCCUGUGCCUAUUCACAUCCACAUGGCCUGGCUUUGCUGCCCAGUUUACUAUUACAGCAAUGGUAGAAGUGCCAACAGGAUUCUCCUGCCUCCCAUCCAUCAUGCAGAUGACAGGAUCACCAGCUGGCCUUUGAUUACAGAAUCUUUUUGCUAGUGAUGUAAGAGGAAAAUGCAGUUGUGGUUCUUACGAAGCCGGGCAGGAUCAGGGGAUGAUCCCAGUGCUAGAACGAUAGGUUGGCAUAUAUAUAUAUAUAAAAAAAAAUGGAGGUAUGGAAUAGGAGUCUAACGAUAAUUUCCAAUAAUUCUUUUCCCUCACGUGGUCCUCGUAUCUUUCAGGGCAGAGUCCAGCGGUUGUUUUUUUUGUUGGUUUCUUUGACAACAGAAAGUCCAACUUGAACGUUUUCGACUUUCAAGGCGACAAGUUGUGUAUCCCGGUCUUGCGAAACCUGUUGAUCUCAGAGGCUUUAUAGCCUUUUGAACAGCUGGAUUUACAGUUUGAAACCCAAUUUGGUUAAUCCAGAUUUAAGGCUGCCGCUUAGCCUUUCAACAGAGCUUGUCGUCGAAGGGACAAAUCCGGCAGCUAAUCUUUAGUUAUUUUGACCCGUGGGAGCCUUGAUAAUCUAGAACGAAGUGGCCUUGAGUCUGAAUACAGAGACUUGGAGACACUUUGAAGGUGUUUUAGGCCCGCUUUGCCACUCUCUGGAGAGUUUCUGCAGAUAUCAAAAGCUUGCAUUGUGCUGCCAAUCCCAAAAGGUGCCAAACCAUAUUUAGCUUCCAGUGUUUUUCUACUGAAAGGGUCAGAACCAUUAAAACGAAAAUCUCUGGCUUUAGGGAAAAGACACGAGCCUCUCUCCAUACAUAACAACCUCACUGGACGUCUUAAAAUGGCGUCCAUGCCAUCUGAGUGAGGGGGUUCUCAGUGCUGUUCUGGCAGCUACAUUCUUGAAUAGCCAUAAGAUUUUAACCCUUAAAGUAGACAGAAACAUGCCCCUAGUGCAGGAGUCUCCAACCUUGGCAAUUUGAAGUCCUCCAGGCUUAAAGUUGCCAAGGUUGGAGACUCCUGCCCUAGUGCAUUACAUAUACAGGUUCUCCUCUACUUAGAAAUUACAACUGCAUUGAAAAAAAGUGAAUUACAACUGUUUGUCACAUUUAGGAACGCUGCAGCAUCCCCACUGUUGCACAAUCAAAACCAAGACGCUUGGCAACUGACUUGUUUUUUUGACGGUCGCAGUGCCCUUGGUGGGGUGGGGGGGGUGAUUCCCCUUUUGCGGCCUUCUGUCAAGCAAAGUCAGUGAGGAGCCUUAACGCAACGGUGUGGCUAAGUUAACCGCUGCAGCGAUUCACUUAACAACCGUGGCAAGAAAAGUUGUAAAAUGGGGGGGGGGAAACUCGCCGUCUCACUUAGCAAUGGAAAAAUUGGGGGCUCAACUGUGCUCGUCAGGCAAGGAACUGCCUGUAUUCGACAGAAAAGGUGGUGAAGCCAGCUUUCAACUUCUUCCAUGACUCAGCAGUCAAAACAGCUGUGGGCGUGCAUGUGACUUGACAAUAAUGCACUGUUUAUGCUGGUGUCUUUAAGUACAAGUGUUAGCCAAGGGAGGAUCUGUGUAUGUUUACCAAGGUGUCGUUCUCACCCUCUGACAUCGCUAGCAAAAAUGGCUUCCAGGAAACAAAGAGAGAAAAAAAAAGAUUUCUAUCCAACUCUGGUUUUGUCGCUGCCCACCCAAGACCAGGGGCCUCCAAAGAUGGCGACUUUAAGACUUGUGGACUCCAACUCCCAUAAUUAAUCUAGUGAAGAGAAGGACCAGGGGAGACACGAUAGCACUCUUCCAAUAUUUGAGGGGCUGCCACAGAGAGGAGGGAGGAGUCAAGCUAUUUUCCAAAGCACCCGAAGGCCAGACAAGGAAUAAUAGUUGGAAUCUGAUCAAGGAGAGAUUCAACCUAGAGAUAAGAAGAAAUUUUCUGACAGUGAGAACAAUCAACUAAUGGAACAGAAGUUGCCUUUGGAAGCUGUGGGAGCUUCUUCACUAGAGGCUUUCAAGAAGAGAUUGGACUGCCAUUUGUCAGAAACGGUGUAGGCUCUCCUGCUUGGGUGGGGGGUUGGACUAGAUGACCUACAAGGUCCUUUUCAACUCUAUUAAUCUGUCGUCUAUCUGUCUGAAUUCCUCAGCCAUCCAGCCCUUUUUGCUGGCGAUGUCAAGAGGGCGAGAAUGGCACCAUGGCUGAGGAAUUCUGGGACUUGAAGUCCACACGUCUUGAAAGUUGCCGAGUUUGGAGACCCCUCUCUGCCCGAGACCGCACCCCAUCUGUGCACCUCCUGAGAAUCCAGUCAUUCCAGAUAACACUCUCAAAGCUCGAGUCUUGGCUUUUGGAUGCCAAAUGUUAGCGGAAGCCGUCAGUUUUAAGCAUGCUUUCUCAAGCAGUCAUCUGAAAAGGCCUUGCUUGGUUCCCUUGUAUCUGUUGGAACUGGGUGUCGCCUCUCUAAGCAGCCUCAACAUCUGAAUAUGAAACACAUCAGCCAAGGGUGGGGUGGCCUAACCUGAGAGUCGAAGAUAAGCUGUAUCUCUUUGUGUAGACUGAAAGGCAGUUGUGUUUUGGCUUUUUGUGCAAGUUGCGUGAUGCAAUGCCCUGGCUCCCUCUCCUUCUUUCCUUGCCCAGUCACUCAACCAGGAAGCAAUACCUGCGUGUUUUCCUUUUGACUUUGCCAACUCUAAUCUAUAAAACUCUCCUUUCCGUCUUUCUGUCUUCUGCAUUUUUGUUUCUUUCUGGCAGUAAGAGACGGUCCUAUUUUAAUUCGUGGUCCAUAAUUAAUGCAUUUUGCAUUUAGCACUGGCUUCCUGAGUGGGAUAAUGAAGUCCUUGACAUCAGUGUCAAUUCCUAUUAAGUGUAAAAACAGACUCUCAUUUUUCUGAGUUGUAGCUUCUCCAGACAGGAAACUUGAAAGAAGCUUCUGAUAAUUGGAAGAUAAGUUGUUUUCUUUUUGCUAAUCACAGUCCCCCCAAAAUAAGCUGAAGCUGCUGUGGCUUGUGAGUGUGGUCUGUGCAGAAUCCACAAAAAAGAGUGUUUUUGAUGGGAACGCACUUCGCUUACUUUUCUAAAACUGUCUGAUGAGGGGGAUGGGCUAGGAGUAAGAACCAGCGGCUUUCAAAAAGUAAAACUACAACUCCCAGUAUGGCUGUUGGUGAGGCAUGCUGGGAAUUGUAGUUCAGAUAGAUGUGAAAGGCCUUAGAUGCUGGCUAAGAACGCACGGCAGAUUUAUGUAGCUUUAUCUUUCAAGGUGAAAUGGGAAAUGUAGUUCUGUGAAGCCAUUGCUGAUAAUAAGCAGCAUACAAUGGCUGCAGUAGCCAUCAUUUCUGAUAGACGGAGCUGAAAAAGCGAUAAUGAGGUUUUAAAAAUCUCAUGUGAUAACUAUUUCAAGGCUUUUGCAAAAAAAAUAAUAAUAAAUAAAAAGGGCUCUCAAGAUUCAGUGUGCUUUUAUCUCCUGUGUAUGUCCCAUGCAGUGUUUUGUCACUGAGUUCUGUUUUUCUAAUUUAAUAACUAUGCUGUGUGUGCCCUCAACAAACCUGAGUUAGCAAAGAGCAGAUUAAAUGUGAAUGAUGGCUGGCAAUACUAACUUGAUAAAUCAAGAUAAUUAGAGGUGAAAAGUUGUUGACCUUAAUUGCACUAAGGCUCUUCUUGUGAUUGCUUUAAUAUAUUUGUAUCUGUGAUACAGGUUUUUUUUUUUUUUAAAUAUCCUUGGACCUGCCUAGAAAUCUGUAUAUUUUGGUAGGUGGAAAGUUAAUAACACUGUUGAAACUCUGUAAAUAUGUACAUAUUUUGAGGAUUAUCAUGACGAAAGUUGUAAAAUUCCUGUACAAAAAAAACUUUAAUAAA